GGGAGGACAAUGUGCCGAGUACGGCAGUCGGCUACAUGCAUAUAUAGCUAGCUACCCAUCCUCGCCUACACAAACACCACACAUCUCAUUUCCAAUACACUGACCCGGGGAAUCCGCAUUCCGUCUCCCAUCUUCACCAUGUCUGAUCACACAAGACCUGUCAGGCACCGUGCCCUCUCUCCUCCCUCCCUCUCCUCUCUGGCAGCCAGUAUUUCCUCUGGUCUGUCCACCAACUUUGCUCACUGGUCAUGUGACGUCGAGACACCACCAGACCUCACCUUGCCCCCUUACCACCUUGCCGCUCCAGGUUUAUCUGGCUCUACCCGUGUUGCCGAUGUUGGGGGGCCACCCUACCUCGAAUCCAAGCUUGACCUCACUAGAAAGUACGACCUCGCUGCCAUUGCUCAAGAUGUCAAUCUCCCCGCGUCAGGCGGUUUCUUGCUGGGAGCAGGAGCCGGCCCUUUCUUCCAUCUUGGCCACAAUUCCGAAUUGAUGCCAAACUACGCUUAUGGCACCGCCGCCGACCCCUGCUCUUCGACCUCUUCUCCCGCCAUCCGAAAUCGCACACACUAUGCCAAAAUCACCCCCUCCAACGAUCCUGUUUGUUGCCCAUUGCCCAGCAGCACCGGCUUUGGCUUGAUGUGCAACCUAUACUGUUCUCAGGGUCUUCCUGGACCUGCUCUACACAUCAAGGCCAAGGCACGGACAGGGCCACUCAAUUUUACUCAAUCGAUCCAAGACGGGCUCAAAGCCACCUUUGGGGAGAAUUUAAUUUCCCUUGGUGGUGUCUUCAUCCUCAAAUCCGCCAAGGCCAAGAUGCACGUCAUGCCCGACUUCCCGAAGAAUCCCUUCCAGUCUCGCAAGGAGUUGGUAGAAUGGCUGAGAUUUUUUGACAUGGAGUUUGGUGGCUCCAAUGAUCCCACUGGACCUCUGAUCUGCUUGAGCGUCCUCCAUUCUGGUGAUGAUGGCGGGUUCGAUUUGCGACAUGAACAUACCCAUUGCUUCACGGUGGAUAGCGGCGGAGACCUAGACCGCGAGACCUCCAAGGGCGGGCAUUACCAUUUUGACCUCGAUGAGACGAAAGACCAAGUCGAAUAUGAGGGCUGGUUCAACGUUGCAGAAGAUUUGUAUCGUGUCGACCAGCCGGGACAGUGA